AUGGCGGACGAUAUUUCACGAAACAAUGCCCAUGUUGAGGCUGAGAUCGAGAAGGAGAGGAUCGAAAAUCUUGAACAUGUGGCUGAGCAACAGAAUGUUCUCCCACACAUUGACCCUGCUCGUCGAGUAGUCGUCGAGAAGAGCUUGAAGCGCAAGCUGGAUGCACGAUGCAGUCUGUUCGUCCUCAUCUAUAUCAUGAACUAUCUGGAUCGCAACAAUAUCUCGGCAGCUCGCUUGAAAGGUCUGCAGACAGAUCUCAACCUCACUGAUACCCAGUACUCAACAUGCUUGAGUAUUCUGUAUGUCGGUUAUAUUCUGAUGCAGGUGCCCUCGAACAUGUUCAUCAAUCGCAUCCAACGACCUUCGAUCUACAUUGCUGUCGCGAUGACCCUCUGGGGUCUUGUUUCGACUCUCUCUGGAAACGCAAGGAACUUCGGAGACAUGGUUGGUAUUCGAUUCGUCUUGGGUUUUGUUGAGGCAGCUUUCCUUCCUGGCGCUCUCCUCAUCCUGUCGAAGUGGUAUACCCGCAGGGAGCUGACCACCCGCAAUGCCGUCCUUUUCUGCGGCAAUCUUAUUUCAAACGCCUUUUCCUCUCUCGUUGCUGCCGGUGUCCUGUCCAACAUGCAGGGUGUCAUGGGCCACGCUGCUUGGCGAUGGCUCUUCUGGAUUGAAGGCUCUGUCACUAUGACCAUCGCUAUCUCCUCUGCCUUCAUUCUGCCCGAUCUCCCCACCAACUCACGUGGCUUCACAGAGGAGGAGCUUCUUGUUGCUCAGCUUCGUAUUCUAGAGGAUGUCGGCGAGGCUGAUACCGACUCUGAGAACCAGAGCCCCUUUUCGGGUCUCAUUAUGGCUUUGAAAGAUUUCAAGAUUUAUCUCAUGAUGCUUGCUUUUACUGCUUACGUGGUUGGACUGUCAUUCAAUGCUUUCUUCCCCACCCUUACUGGUACACUUGGUUUUGCCUAUGUUCCCACCCUACUCAUGAGCGCUCCUCCUUGGGUGUUUUCUUGCAUCGUCUCCGUCCUCAACGCCUGGCAUGCCGACCGAACACAAGAAAAGAUCUGGCACAUUUACGGCCCAAUUCUCAUGGGUCUCGUCGGCUUCAUUAUCAGCAUGUCCACUCUGAACGUAGCAGCCCGCUACAUCGCCCUUUUCCUUCAGGCAGGAUCCUACGCAGGAUUCAUCGUUUUCUACUCCUGGAUCAGCUCAUCAUUCCCUCGUCCCCCUGCCAAGCGAGCAGUCGCCCUCGCCCUGAUCAACGCUUUCAGUCAACUCGGUAACGUCGCGGGAUCAUACGUGUGGGAUCUUUCCGAGAACGGAUACCGUAAGAGUUACGGAAUCGUGACAGCCAUGUAUGGAAUUACUAUUAUUGGAUUCUGGGGCUUCCGCAUGAUUCUUGUCAACCUCAAUAAGAAGUUGGAUGAAAGCGAGACCGCUAUGGAGCAUGAUGGCCAAGCUGGUGGGUCUGACUUUAUUGAAAGUACUGAUGAAUCCCUGCGUGUGCGCAAGGGUUUUAGAUACUUGGUUUAG